UGGCUUUGAAGACCUCCUCCUACCUUUAUCUGAUGUAAUGGAUGUACGUGAUUUGUUUCUCAACCUUCCCGGUUGUAACCUGGAUAUUUCAUCUAGGUGGAUGCUACGCAGGCCGUGGAUGAUGAACUUUCGCCAGAUUUUUUCAACGAUGCCACAGAUGGUGUUAAUGUACAUCAUCAGCGUUUUCAAUCGGUUCCUGUUCUGACCUCUUGAUGAGUCAGUCCUCCGGAAUGUAUGGCAACUAUCACCGUUCCUCUUCCCGCCGUCCUCGCCCUACUACAUCCUCUUUUGGGAGUGUCAACACGCUCUUUGGUCGCCUUUCGUUGUUUGUCCGCCGCUCUCACUCUUACACUGAACCCCAGCAACGCCCAAGGCGAGCCUUAUUGUCUCGUGGGCCUCGUAUCGUCGAAGUUGCUGCAGUGAAAGACAGAGAAGUCAUAUUCACUGUCCCUCCACCGCCAGAAAAAACACAGCAGCAAAUCCAAUCGCACGCCCACGAAUCAUCCACGACACAGCCUGCCUCAGGUGCUAAUUCUACUGCACCACAUUCCAGAUACCUACAUUCACUACCUGUCCGAUUGUUGGGUCAUCUUGUGCUUUUUCUCUGCUGCGCACCACCUCGACACGCCGACGCCAAUGCGCAACAGCAAGGUCAAUCAACAGGUCAAGCCCAGCCGCAGGCGUCUUCAUUGCAAACUCAGUCUACUGCCGCCUCGAUAUCUACAACGCCUGCUCUUGCGGCUAGUCCUACUGCAGCAAGCGCAUAACCGCGGUCCUUUCUAUGGCAGACUCAUUUCGUUCUCUUAUCUACUGUGCAACUUCCCCACACGCCGAUGGACAUUAAUACAGGUACA